AUGUUUCAAAUAUAUAUCAAACUAUUAAUCCUGUCUGUUCACAUCUAUCUAUCUAUCUAUCUAUCUCAUUCUGUGCCCAUCUAUCUAUCUAUCUCAUUCUGUGUCCAUCUAUCUAUCUAUCUAUCUAUCUGUCUAUCUCAUUCUGUGUCUAUCCAUCUAUCUAAAUAUCUAUCUCAUUAUGUUUCUUUUUUCUAUCUAUCUAUAGCAUUAUCCUUUUCUUUCUUUCUUUCUGUGUAUCAUACACAACACUUUCUUUUUCUUUUCCAUUCUAUCUAUCUAUCUAUCUAUCUAUCUCAUUCUGUGUCCAUCUAUCUAUCUAUCUCAUUCUGUCAUUAUCCUUUUCUUUCUUUCUUUCUUUUUCUUUUCCAUUCUAUCUAUCUAUCUAUCUAUCUCAUUUUGUCUCUAUUUAUUUCAUUCUGUUUCUCUCUAUACAUCUAUCUAUCUAUCUAUGUUUUUAUCUAUCUCAUUCUGUUUCUAUCUAAUUAUUUUUUCUAUGUCAUUCUGUUUCUAUCUAUCUAUCUAUGCUUUUAUCUAUCUCAUUCUGUUUCUAUCUAUCUAAUUAUUCUUUCUAUGUCAUUCUGUUUCUAUCUGUCUAUCUAUAUCUAUCUAUUUCAUUCUGUUUCUAUCUAUCUAAUUAUUUUUUCUAUCUCAUUCUGUAUCUAUCUAUCUAUCUAUCUAUCUCAUUCUGUUUCUAUCUAUCUAUCUAAUUAUUUUUUCUAUCUCAUUCUGUGCCUAUCUAUCUAUCUAAUUAUUUUUUCUUUCUCAUUCUCUUUCUUUCUUUCUUUCUUUCUAUCUAUCUGUUAUGACCGCUUCGCUAUGAGAAAUACCUCCCACAUAUCCCUCCUAGAAAUCUCACACAUAUUCCUCCUAGAAAUACCUCCCAUAUAUCCCUCCCAGAAAUACCACCCACACAUUCCUCCCAGAAAUACUUCACACAUCCCUCCCAGAAAUACCUCCCACACAUUCCUCCCAGAAAUACCUCCCACAUAUCCCUUCCAGAAAUACCUCACACAUAUCUCUCCUAGAAAUACCUCCCGCACAUUCCUCCCAGAAAUACCUCCCACAUAUCCCUCCCAGAAAUACCUCCCACAUAUCCCUCUCAUAAAUACCUCCCACACAUUCCUCCCAGAACUACCUCCCACACAUUCCUCCCAGAAAUACCUCCCACAUAUGCCUCCCAGAAAUACCUCACACAUAUCCCUCCCAGAAAUACCUCCCGCACAUUCCUCCCAGAAAUACCAGCCACACAUUCCUCCCAGAAAUACCUCCCACACAUGCCUCCCAGAAAUACCUCACACAUAUCCCUCCCAGAAAUACCUCCCGCACAUUCCUACCAGAAAUACCUCACACAUACCCCUCCUAGAAAUACCUCACACAUUCCUCCCAGAAAUACCUCCCACAUAUCCCUCCCAGAAAUACCUCACACAUAUCCCUCCCCAGAAAUACCUCCCACAUAUCCCUCCCAGAAAUACCUCCCACAUAUCCCUCUCAGAAAUACCUCCCACAUAUUCCUCCCAGAAAUACCUCCCACACAUUCCUUCAAGAAAUACCUCCCACAUAUGCCUCCCAGAAAUACCACACAUAUAUCCCUCCUAG